AUGGUAAACACAGUCGUUAGAUUUGGAAAUAAUCGAUUAUCAUCGAUAUCGCCACUUCCUACAGUUGUUGAAACUAAUAAAAAAUAUUCUUUUCAACAACAACUUUAUUUAAUUAUUGGAAUAUUAAUUCUUACUAUAAUUACACUUCCAAAUAUAUUCUCAAUAAAAAACGAUCAUGAUGAUUUUACCUAUCAUCUUCUUUUCAUUAUUCAUUCAAGUUUUUUAUUAUUAUUUUUCAUAUCAACAAUGAUAUAUACAGAUAUUGGAGAUGGUAUAACAACAAUAUGUAGUUUAAUUCUAUUGGCUAUCUAUAAAACAAUUCAUUAUUUAAUUCGAUAUCGUUAUUGUCAAAUAUAUUCUCAAAAAGAUUUUCUUCUAACAACAGUUUGA